ACUGGUUCCGUCGCCCGGCGUGUCUGAGGCGCGUUGGUUUGUCCGGAGGAGGGGAUUGCGCCUUUUGGGCGUCUUUGUCGCUGUUAUGAAGCCGAGAAGAAAUACCAAAAGAGUUCCAAGCUUCCGCAAAUUAUUGAAGACAAGUAAAAUCAAACUUGACAACAAGUUAAAAAACAAACAGUUCAAACAGCAGAGUACAGCCAAGAAAUACCGAAAGGAACAGAGGAAACUUAGACAAGCUGUCAAAGAUGUUGUAUCCAGGGCACCAAUGGCUUUGGAUGAUAAAAAAAAGCAUCCAGCGGAAAGGGAGGAAGAAGAAAAAGAAGAAGCACUCCCUCUUGAUAUGAUGGAUGAAGAUGAUCUGAAAUUAAUGGAAGAGCUGGCUCAAAAGGCAUCUUUUAUAACAAGAGAUCUAACUUCCAAUGAACCUGUUCAUGUCAAGAAGCGUAAAAAUGAGGAAGUGAUUGAGAAAUAUGAAAAAAUGCCAAGGCGCAUGCAGAUAGAGCCUGAAAAAGAACUUAUUCAUCUGCUUCCCAUUAAAGACAAACGUGGAAUUAUUCCACAGACUAUGGAAAAACCAGUUGCCACUGUUGAAGAAGAUGAGCAAGAGAAGGAUACAGCAGAAGAAAUGGAAGUGGCACAAGCUGUUGAAGAGCCUUUACCUGCCCUCACUGCUGAAGAGCUAUUAAUUCACAGGAGGAAGAAGCUACAAGAGAAGAAGUUACAGAUAGCUGCCUUGGCAUCUGCCAUCCUGUCUGACCCAGAAAAUAAUAUAAAGAAGCUGAAAGAAUUGCGUGCAAUGUUAAUGGAACAGGAUCCCAAUGUGGCUGUGAUUGUGCGAAAGCUAGUAAUGAUUUCCUUGCUGGAGCUUUUCAAAGAUAUUACUCCAUCUUAUAAAAUCCGGGCUUUAACUGAGAGGGAGAAAAACACAAAGGUUAAAAAAGAAACUCAGAAAUUAAGAGAAUUUGAGGAAGGCCUUGUGAGCCAAUACAAGUUUUACUUAGAAAACCUGGAACAAACUGUGAAAGACUGGAAGCAAAGGAAGCUGAAGAAAAGCAAUGUGAUUUCACUAAAGGCAUACAAAGGCCUUGCAGAGGUUGCUGUGAAGUGUUUAUGUGAGCUGCUGGUAACCAUGCCUCAUUUCAACUUCCACAAUAACAUUAUAGUACUCAUAGUACCACUCAUGAAUGAUGCUUCAAAACAGAUCUCUGAAAUGUGCUGUGAUGCAGUAAAAAGCCUCUUCAAACAGGAUAAGCUGGGCUUUGCCUCUCUUGGUGUGGUGAAGGUAAUUUCUGGCCUUGUGAAAAGCAGGAAUUAUGAUGUUAGACCUGAGGUAUUGAAGACUCUACUUCACCUAAGAAUUAAGGAAGUAGAAGUAAAAAAAGAUGCAGAAGACAUCAUUCCAAAGAAGAAAUUUAUGUCCUAUAAAGAAAAAAGGAAGAAUUUGUCAAGGAUGCAAAGAAAGUGGAAGAAAGCAGAAGAGAAACUGGAGCAAGAACUCUUAGAAGUAGAAGCUUCAGAAAGUGCAGAGAAAAAAUUGAAACUGCAUACAGAAACGUUGAAUAUAGUAUUUUUAACUUACUUUCGGAUAUUAAAGAAAGCGCAGAAGUCACCCGUUUUGCCUGCUGUGUUGGAAGGUCUUGCAAAGUUUGCCCACCUCAUAAACUUGGAAUUUUUUGAUGACCUUUUGCUUGUUCUACAUUCCCUUAUUGUGUCAGGGGUGUUAAGCCACAGAGAGAGCCUCCAUUGCAUUCUUUCUGCAUUUCAUAUUUUGUCUGGUCAAGGUGAUGUCCUUAAUGUUGACCCUUUGAAGUUCUACACAUACCUUUAUAAGACAUUACUUAACCUACAUGCAGGUGCUACAAAUGAAGAAGUGGCCAUACUGUUGGAAUGCCUGGAUUUAAUGCUCACCAAACGUAGGAAACAGGUUUCACAGCAGAGAGCUCUUGCAUUUAUAAAGCGCCUGUGCACCUUAGCACUCCAUGUCCUUCCAAAUUCCAGCAUUGGGAUCUUGGCAACCAAUAGAACUUUAAUACAUGUUUUCCCAAGAACGGACCUCCUCCUAGAUAAUGAAUCCCAAGGGAGUGGACUUUAUCUUCCUGAACUGGAUGAGCCAGAAUACUGCAAUGCUCAGAAUACAGCCCUGUGGGAAUUACAUAUUUUGCAGAGGCACUAUCAUCCAGUUGUUCAGAAAUUUGCAGCUCAUCUUGCCGCUGGUGCUCCAGCUGAGGGAUCUGGAGCUCUUGAAUAUGAAUUUAGCCGGAGGUCACCUACAGAACUUUUUGAGGCUUACAGUAUGAAAGGGAUGACUUUUAAUCCUCGUGUUGCAUCUGCUGUACCCAGGAAAAAGAGUAAAUGUUUACAAGGGGAGUCAUUUCUGCAUGAAGACAUGAAUGAACUGUUUAAAAGGCUGCUCAAAAAGCCUGUUGUCCAAGGAGCCCUGGAUUUUGCGAAACAUUUAAAGGCAUCACCAGUGUCUUAAAUACAUUAUAAGCAUAUGCAAUUAUUUAGAAGAACCAACAAUAUGAAAGAAACAAUGACCUGUUCUAUGGAGAAUUCAGACUAUGGAUGCUGAAUUUUUGGGGUAGUUCUGAGGAUACAGGGUGUAAAUUUUAGGCUAUUCAAGAAUUCAGGAUGCAUCAGUUAUAUGAUGAACUUUAAGGUUACUUCUUGUUUAAUAUUCUUAAUGCAGCCUAACACUUUUUCAAAAUAAAAAUUUAAAUAUGGAUUGAUUUCCGGAAAAAAGUGUAUCUUUGUGUCUCAUACUGGGAUGUCAUAGAAAUUUCUUUAAUACAAGCCGUGAGUUCCUCCCUUGACUAUGUUGAGCCUACUAUUUCCAGGAACAUAACUUUUAGGUAGCUUAUAAGCAAUGGCUUUGGAGCUUGAGAAAGCCCUUAUGCAUGAUAAGUUUGGUAUUAGGUUUUGAUAUACUAUCAGCCUACUUUUAGGCUCAAGCUGUAAUUGCUGCAGUCUUUUGAGACUAAAGUGUGAUAGUGAAAACAUCACAGUUUAAAUCAACCAUUUGCUUAAAAAAAAUCCCAGAUGGCAAGCUUUGUACUAGAGCAUAAUAGGCUGCAUUCCAGAUUGUUGAUUAUCUACUUCUUGGAAUAGUGGCAAGACAGCUGAUGUCCACCUUUAACCAAAGUAGUGAUUUUCAUAGCUAAAAAAUUAACUAUAAAAGCAGGUUUAGUGUGUAUAAGGGCCAGUAAACCCAGUCUCAGGUUCUCCUCAGGAGGGCACUGUGUCUAUAUGCAUCCAUGCACCCAGCUUCCUUUUUAGCUGCUCCAAUAAUAUAUUUAUUUUCUUCCAGUAACAAACUAUCCAGAUCUUAGGACUAAACAUAAACAAACAAUCUUUUCUGCAUUUAAGUCUUGACCUUCCUUCCCCUUUAACUGAAAAUAUUUAUUAUAAUAACCUAAAAUUGUUUAUACUCCUCCAUGAUAGCUUCCUAUUGCUUCCUCUUUGACGUGAAGGGCCUUUUUGUACUAGAGGUGAACAGUACAUUUUGCAAGCAGCCAGAAAUAAGCUUUGUAGACUAUCCAAUCUGAUUAUGACUUACAUUCCAUUCAGGUUCAAAUUGUUUUUCAGCAUUUGCUUUUGAUUUCUUUGAACUUAAUUUGACUGAACAAAUUUCUUUCUUGAUUUAUUCAUACACAAUAAUCCUGGUGGGCAAGCAGGUGCAUUGGUGUUGCUAAAGGUUCUAAAAACCCUGUUUUGAAGAGAGUGUUAUGUCUGUACUUUUAAAAAGUCCUGUUAAUUACAAAGGAAUUUACUCCUAAACUGAAUGUUGGAAUGCAUGCUUUAAUUAGCACCUUGGUGAUUAAAGUAAGGCAGCAGCUGUGAUUUAAUUUUUUGCAUAAUGUGUAAUAGCAUAUUAAAAAAAGAAAAGUUACAGCUCUUUAUGAGUACUUCUGUAUGAACAGAAAUAGGAAGAUUGGUGCCAAAAGUGAAACUGAAUUAUCUUGUACACGAAGUUUAAAGGAGGGUAUAUUAUUGAAAUAAUGCCAUCAAUUGUACUAAUGCUGAAAAUGCUUUCAAAAUAGAUCCUUUUACUUAAAAAAUCUCAGCAGUGCAGUGUCUUUUUAUUUUUUUUUAGCUAAGAAAUACAAAGUAAAAUGUUGCAGUUAUUUCUCAAAACACUUUUACACUUGGUCAACAGAUAUUAAACACACAGAUUGUUUCCUUAAUGCACUUUUUAUUAAACAUUUAUUUUCUCUAAAUGGAGAAUAAAGUGGAAUUUUCUGUAAGGAUAUUUAGAAUUCAGAAAAGCAAGGCAUGAUAAAUAAUACAGUGGCACAUGCCUUGGAAUAUUAAAAUAAAUAAAUAUUUUUUAAACAGAAAAACUGGGAUACACUAACUGCAUGAAAAAAAUGUUCCUAAUCAGUAUUACUACUGAAAUAUAUUUACUGACUACUGUACACUGAUAUUAUUUAGAAGACAAAUCAAACUGCUUAUAUGAAUCAUACUGACAUUCUGUGAGUUACAAUGUAUCUACAUCUGAGUAUAUUCAUAAAGUGUGUGUUUAGAAAGAACUUUUAAAAGUGCAUUGUUUUAACCUAACACACUGCAGAACCUCCUCAGCCUUCAUUUUCCCUUUAGAUACUUCCUUAGAAUCUUUUGUUCUAAAAGGGCUUGUUUCUGUUU